GUGUGUGGAGUGCUCUGUAGCUCCGAUAGAGGCAGAGCGAAGGCGUGAAGGUCCCCUUCUAGCACAAUGGUCUUAGGAUCUUAGACUAGAGCGCUCCCGACCAUACACUCACUGCAAAGGAGAAAAGAGAGAGCCGUUCCCUUUCGGCGAGACUGCGAGCAACGGGAGAGGAAACAGGUGCUGGGGAAUUAAAGCAACACAAAAAAAUAAUUCUUCAGGACCUUCAGAGAAAAAUUAAAAGGAUUUAAAACAUUGCAUUAUCCUCUCAAUAUAACCACAAUAAAUAUAAGAAAUCCUUAUCGCAGAAAGCAAAAUGUCAUUGUCGGGGAGAGACAUCAGCGGAGCUCAGCAUGCCCAGUCUGUUGGACCAUAUCGCCUUGAAAAAACGUUGGGGAAAGGACAGACAGGUCUGGUGAAGCUGGGGGUCCACUGUGUAACAUGUCAAAAGGUCGCAAUAAAGAUUGUUAACCGGGAGAAGCUGAGCGAGUCAGUUCUAAUGAAGGUAGAACGAGAGAUCGCCAUUCUGAAGCUCAUAGAACACCCUCAUGUUUUAAAGUUGCAUGAUGUCUAUGAAAAUAAGAAAUAUUUGUAUUUGGUACUAGAGCACGUUUCUGGAGGCGAACUUUUCGACUAUCUGGUAAAAAAGGGGAGACUAACGCCCAAGGAAGCCCGAAAAUUCUUCCGACAAAUCAUCUCUGCGUUAGAUUUCUGCCACAGCCAUUCAAUAUGCCACAGGGACUUGAAGCCUGAAAACUUGUUGCUCGAUGAGAAGAACAACAUCAGGAUAGCAGACUUCGGCAUGGCUUCCCUUCAGGUUGGAGACAGCUUGUUGGAAACCAGCUGUGGGUCCCCUCACUAUGCUUGUCCAGAAGUAAUUCGGGGGGAGAAGUAUGACGGACGAAAAGCAGAUGUCUGGAGCUGUGGGGUCAUUCUGUUUGCACUUUUGGUGGGUGCCUUGCCUUUCGAUGAUGACAAUUUGAGAAAUUUGUUGGAAAAGGUGAAGCUGGGGGUGUUCCAUAUGCCGCAUUUCAUCCCGCCAGACUGCCAGAACCUCUUGCGUGGCAUGAUAGAGGUGGACGCCACGAAACGAUUGACGCUAGAACAAAUUCAGAAACACACGUGGUACAUAGGGGGUAAGAACGAGCCGGAGCCUGAGCAGCCCAUCCCACGCAAGGUGUCUAUCCGCUCGCUGCCCUCUGCGGACGACAUCGACCCCGACGUGCUGGAGAGCAUGCACUCGCUCGGCUGCUUCCGUGACAAGAACAAGCUCAUGAAGGACCUGCUGUCCGAGGAAGACAACCAGGAGAAGAUGAUCUACUUCCUCCUUCUUGACCGGAAGGAAAGGUAUCCGAGCCACGAGGAUGAGAAUCUACCGCCUCGCAAUGAAAUCGAUCCCCCCCGGAAGCGAGUAGACUCUCCGAUGCUGAACAGACAUGGCAAGAGGAGGCCGGAGCGGAAGUCUAUGGAGGUGCUUAGCGUGACGGACGGAGGCUCCCCUGUGCCAGCGCGGCGAGCCAUUGAGAUGGCACAGCAUGGGCAGAGUAAGGCUGUGUUCAGUAAAAGCUUGGAUAUCUCUGAUGCCAAUCCCAAAUACAGCAAAGAAGAAAGGUCACGAUCAAUCAGCGGGGCAUCCUCCGGCCUCUCCACCAGCCCACUCAGCAGCCCCAGGCCUAUCAGAAAGUUUUUUAUUCCUCCCCAGACUCCCAACCUUUCCUUCUCCCCCCGCUCCUGCCCCACCUCAUCCUUGGACCCCAAUCCCAGUAGGACUGUCUCCUGUACCCCCAAUUCGCUGCAACCAAAGAUAGGGCCUCCUCAGCCCAACCCAAAGACUCAAACCCUUCCUGCAAAAAACAAACUGUCCGAAAAGCCUUUGCAGUCCACCAAAUCCAACCCACUCCCUGCUGCCACUUCCACUCCUAUUCCCGCCAACUCUGAACCCACCACCCCUUCCCAGCAUCCCCCUGCCCCCAGUGGCCAAGUGCGCCACCCUCCCCUGACGGCCCCUCCACAACUCUCCAUCCCCUCGGUCCAGGUGACCCCCCUGUCUCCUCUCAGGCUGCACCACCACCACCACAACCACCACUCUGCUUCCGGUACUGAUCCGAACACCAAAUCUAUCCCCGUCAUACAGGUGACCCCUCACCCCUCCCCUAGGGGGAGUCCUCUCCCUACCCCCAAGGGAACACCAGUCCACACACCCAAGGAGAGCCCGGCCAGCACACCCAACCCCACGCCGCCCUCCAGCCCUUCCAUUGGCGGGAUGCCAUGGCGAACACGCCUCAACUCCAUCAAGAACAGCUUUCUGGGAUCGCCCCGCUUCCACCGCAGGAAACUGCAAGUACCUACACAAGAGGAGAUGUCCAGCCUCACUCCAGAAUCUUCCCCUGAGCUUGCCAAGAAAUCCUGGUUUGGUAACUUUAUCAACCUGGAGAAAGAGGAGCAGAUUUUUGUGGUCAUCAAGGACAAGCCAUUGAGUUCCAUCAAAGCAGACAUUGUACAGGCCUUUCUUUCAAUUCCCAGUCUCAGUCACAGUGUCAUAUCACAAACAAGUUUUCGGGCAGAGUACAAGUCAACCGGAGGCCCCACGGUGUUCCAGAAGCCUGUCAAAUUCCAGGUUGACAUCACCUACACAGAGGGCAACGAAGUGCAAAAGGAGAACGGAAUCUACUCAGUCACCUUCACACUGCUGUCAGGGCCCAGCCGUCGUUUCAAGCGAGUGGUAGAAACGAUCCAGGCCCAGUUAUUAAGCACACAUGACCAGCCUUCAGUCCAGCAGCUGUCCGACACCAUCCACUGUAUGGAGCUGCUGACUGGCAGGCUUUCCACAUGUGGCAGCCCAUUGAGUAACUUCUUUGAUGUAAUUAAACAACUUUUUUCAGACGAGAACAACGGGCAGGUUGCCCACCAGCCUGGUACACCCACCAAGCAUGGCCCUAACAGCAAGAGACAUGAACCCGAUGCUAAUGACUUUGGUUCUAGAGGCGACUCUAAAUGCCCGACAGGCAAAGACAAGGCAAAGAUGGUGGCAUCUAUUGGAACACAGGAUUCACCAUAAAAAAACAAACAAAAACAAAUCAAUAAAAACAAUUUAAUUAUAUUGAAAGCUAGUCGCUUGUACUAGUAGAUGUAAAUAAGAGUACUUCGUUACAAAACCAAUAAAAAUGUCUAUAGACAAAAUUUUUGUAUGACGGAAUGACUGUGUAUGUGUAUAUAACUAAAUCAAAGAUUUAAAAAUAGAAGUAGCAUGUGGAGACACACACCUUUUUACCCCACCCCUUCACAAACAGCAUUUUUGCCCCAGUAUUUUUUCAUUAUAAUUUUUUUGUAUCUUCUGUUCUCCUUUUAUGAUGACUUGACUUGUUUCCACUGCCAGGAAUUGUCCAGAAAAGUUAUUAAGUUCCAACCCUGGUCGAGGUGCUGUGUGCUGUGGAUAUUUGUUGACGGAAGGCCCUUUUCAAGGCAAGUAAGCAAACCAAGGAACCAGUGACCUUUGACCCCACCUUAGGAAAACCCCAACUGCCCCCCCCCUUCCCCUCCCCUACUCUUUACACUGACCAAUCAGUGCUUUGACGUGGGGGUGGCCACUGGCAACAAAGAGCCUUAAGACAACAUUUGUCCACGACGACACAGAGAACUGUGGGGUUUACAAAAACAAAAUGGACAGAGGAAUCGGUAACAAAGCACCAACUUGGAUGUCUGCUCGAUUGGAUUGUUUCAUUUUUAAAUGUAGGACUUCAUGAACUUCUGGGUUUAAACACUUUAUCAGACUUUAAAUGUAAUUGCUGCAGAGAACUGAACUUUGGGGGGGGGGGGGGGGGGGGUGAUCCACCUUGUUGUACAGAUCUGUCUCUAGUAGUGACAUUUUGUUUAGUUGUAGGGGAAGGUUUAAACAUUGUGUUGCCAGAUAUUGUGUCCCACCUGUAUUCUUUUUAUUUAUUUAUUUAUUUAUUUCACCUUUUUAUGGUAUUCUAUAAUAUAUAUGUUUGGGUUUAUUAUGUUUGAUUUAUUUCUUUUUUUCAUUUUGAUCAAGAUAAUCUUUUUUACCUGUGCUGUGUUGCAUCUUUUGGCUGGAAGUUUACCACAAAUACUGAUGUAUACAUUUAGCUAUAAUUGUGGAUAUUUUUGUAUCUUCCUUUUUUUUGUUUCUUAAUUUAUCAAGUCUUGAUAAUUUA